UAUAAAACACACACACACACACACACACACACACACACAGAGAGAGAGUAUUGCAGGCAAGAAAACUGAAUCGAUCCAAUCGAAUCGCAUCGGUGAACCCCCAAAUCCAAAAGAUGAGCUCCUCACCCUCUCCACUCACUGAAAAAUGGCAACUAGCUCGCUAGUUGACAAGUAUCCAACUUGGCCACAACCACCUCCUCCUCCAUCGAUCGAUCACUCCACUGCCCGAUCGAUCUCUUCACACCCGCCAACCAUCGCCAUGCCACCGAUGCCGCGGUCCCUUGACGAGGCCCUGGCGGCGGCGCGCCCCUUCCUGCGCGGCGAGGAGGCUCAGGUGGACCCGGCGCUGCCGGAGCUCGCCGCCGUCCUGCGCGCCGCGGGCGCCGGCGAGUGCUGGCACAAGCACGGCACCUUCCUGGCCCACCUCCUCGACGUCUACCGGAUCCUCCGCCUGUGGCGAGCCCCCGACGCCGUCGCGCGCUGCGGCCUCUACCACUCCGCCUACUCCAACUCCUACGUCAACCUCGCCAUCUUCCAGCCCAACACCGGCCGCGCCCACGUCGCCGCUGUCGUCGGGGCACCCGCCGAGCGCCUCGUCCACCUCUUCUGCGUCGUCCCGCGCCAGCAGCUCAUCCACGACGACCUCCUCUUCCACUACACCGACGACGACCUCGUCGCCGACCUCGACCGAUCGGAGGCCUCGCUCCAUGACGCGCGCCGAGGGGUGUUCCACGACGACGAGCCCUGGCGCCGAAAGAUCCAGCGCCUCCUCCCGCCCGCCGGAAUCACCGUCAAGCACAUCAGGACAGGGGAGGAUGUUGCACUGUCCAGGCGCAUCGCCGCCUCCUUCCUCCUCAUGACCAUGGCCGAUUUCAGUGACCAGCUCUUCGACUGGCAGGACCGCCUAUUCGACAACGCCAACGGCCUCCUUGAGUUCCGUGGCAACACCUGGACCUCCCUCUGGCCUGGCACCGGCAAGCCCGGCCUCUGGGUCACCUCCAACUCCCGCAUGGGCGCACUCUACACCCUCAUCCUCCGCGAGGAGGAGAUAUACAUUGCUCACCGAGCACAUGCCGCCGCAGGCCAAGAAGACGGAGGCCAUGGCUCCAACGACCGUGACGAGGACAUCGACCUGGUGGUCCCCCCGGUGUUCGAUGGCUGCACCAAAGUGCUCAGAGCUGAAGACCAGAAGGUGGCACGAGACCUCUACUGGGAGGCAGUAUGCAGUGGCGAUGAGGCUUCAGAUGACUGGCGCAAAGUGGAGCAGCUCCUCCAGCAGAGCAUUGCCAAGAACCCAUUUGUAGGAGAACCACACCUGGUGCUUGCACAGGUAUACCUUAACAUGGAGAGGUACGGUGAUGCGCAGGUACAGGCAGAGGAAGGCCUCAGGCUGUUGCUGGAGUGGGGCAGCAGCUGGGACAAGAGAAUGACAUGGGAGGGCUGGGUGUCCUGGGGCAGGGCGAUGCUCACCAAGUCCAGGGAGAAGGAUUGGCCUCACACCUCAUUCGGCAUCAUCAACCUAGGGCUUGUCAAGUGAUCACGAGUGCCACUGCUAUUCCCCCCAAAUAGCUGGUUGUAUGUCUCGCCGGAUGCAUGGAUAUGUCACAUAUGUAGGCUGAACCUGCUGAUGCUGAUCUAUGCCCUCAACAUGUAAUCUUCUCAGCAUAUGUGUAACACCAACUGUAUGAUGAAAUAAUAAACCUGCGGUCAGUCAAAA